ACCAGUUUACCGCGUCUUUCUUGCUUCUCCACGGCGCAGCGGGCGCAGCCUCCGCAGCCACUCGCCUGGCGGGAAAUUGUCUUUUAAAAUCCUCACCCUGGUGUCAUGGAAAGAGUGGUAACACUAUACAGCAUAAAUAAAGGGAAGGCGCGAGGCCGCGAGGGCGGGAAUCUCGAGUCACCACUAAACAGCUGGGCAAGUCAGUGCGCGGUGCAGAGCAGGAAAUCUCGCGAUAUCUUUCUUGGCACAAGGCAAGGAACAGUGGUGUGGUGCCCUAGUGCAACAUACAGUGAUGCACCAUGCAACUGGUACUCCCCGUAAGGAGGUACCUCACCAACAGACACAUUACCGUCCCCGAGGACUGGCUCAGUGCAUGCAUUAACUGGGUUCUCUCAGAGUAUUCGCAAAACAAUGUUCCAUUCAUUCAAGAGCAAGUGUACCAGGAGUGGCUACAUGCAGACCUCACAGAGCUGGGAACAUGCUGUCUUCCACCUCAAACACAAGACCAGCCAUCCACCACUAUUACUGGAUACUUCCCGUUACAGAUGAACUUAGUACGUGACAUAAGUGAGCCAGCGUACGCUCAGCUUCUGAAGGUGGAGGAUGCAGACACUGAAAACAUGACAGUUUCUGCUACACAGAAUCACAUGACACAGACAGCACGAGAGAAGGCUGACAGGAUGCUGAUGCUUGAGCUGACUGAUGGCACUACAGUGGUGGAAGGAAUGGAAUACCGGCCUGCACCAAAUCUCAGUGUUGAUCUUAGCCCAGGCACAAAGGUGCUGGUGUAUGGGACCAUUAAGGUUCGGCGUGGGAUAUUGUUCCUCACCCAGCAAAACAUUACUGUCCUUGGUGGUAAAGUGAUGGAUCUCCUUGAAAAGAAUGACCAAAGGAACACUCUUAUUGCAGCUUUAAAUACACAAGACACUGACCCUCGAGAACAACCAAGAAGAUACAACUAUAACAACACCCAGCCAGGCACCCGCUCCAGCAGCACUACCACAGGGACAGUAGGAGCAAGAUCUCAGAGCAGCAGUGCAGCCAGUAUAGCACUGCCCACCACCACUGAAGAUGAAGAGUUUGACUUUUUUGAUGAUGAAAUAUUUGAGAGUGGAUUUGACCAAAACAUGGCACUUGAAAGUGAGUUGAUCCAAGAUCCAGCAGUUAAUCAUGAAUUUAAUGAAGACUUGGCUCUUGAAAAUGAAUUUGAUGAAGACUUGGAUGAGUUCAUGUCACAGAUGUGAGCCACAACACUGGUACUGCUACUUCCUCUCAGGAUACUACCGUACACUACCUUAUGGACACAUUCAACAUUUAUAUAUAGAUUGUACAUGAUUUGUUGUUAUACAAACCAUUAUUAUAUUACCUGUUUGUUACCUGAUGGGAAACUUACCUAAAUUUUUCAGAUAAAGAAUUGUACGGGGAAUUCUAGUCAGUUUUUGUCAUCACUAAAAAGAAUAUCUGGUGUGGUAUGCUCUUAAUAGUUGAUUUGCACACCACCAAAGGUGAUAAUGAUGAUACUAAUACAUCAACUGUUACUUUACCA